GGCCGGGAGAGCCGGUGCAGAUCGGGGCGAGACGCGCGAGGCAGCAGCAGCAGCGGCGUCCGCGCGGCGGGGCCAGGUCGGGGCGCGGCCCGAGCCCGGGAGGCGGGGAGGCGGCGAGCAGCCCGCGCCUGCGGCUCCGUCCCCGCGCACGCCGACGCCGCCCGCUCCCCCGCCGCGGCGCGGGGCUCCCGGCCCGCCCAGAACAAUCAACCAUGACGACUGAAUCAGGAUCAGACUCUGAAUCCAAGCAAGAUCAGGACGCUGAGCCCCAGGAGGCUGCGGGUGCUCAGGGGCGUGAGGGGGCACAGCCGAACCCCGGGCCGGAGCUGAGCGGGGAGGAGCAGCGGCAGGCCUUGGAACAGUUCGAGGCCGCAGCUGCUGCACACAGCACCCCUGUGAGGAAGGAGGUCACUGACAAGGAGCGGGAGUUUGCUGCUGGAGUUGCAAAACAGCUCGAGUAUCAGCAAUUGGAAGACGAUAAACUUUCUCAGAAAUCAUCUAGCAGUAAACUAUCUCGCUCUCCAUUAAAGAUUGUCAAAAAACCGAAAAGCAUGCAGUGCAAAGUGAUACUUUUGGACGGUUCAGAAUAUACCUGUGAUGUGGAGAAACGCUCCAGAGGCCAAGUGCUCUUUGAUAAAGUAUGCGAACAUCUGAACUUGCUAGAAAAAGACUACUUUGGGCUUACAUAUAGAGAUGCUGAAAACCAGAAGAAUUGGUUGGAUCCUGCGAAAGAAAUUAAAAAACAGGUUCGAAGUGGUGCUUGGCACUUUUCCUUUAAUGUGAAAUUUUAUCCACCAGACCCCUCUCAGCUAUCUGAAGAUAUCACCAGGUACUACCUCUGCUUACAGCUGCGAGAUGACAUCGUGUCAGGAAGGCUACCCUGCUCCUUUGUCACCCUUGCCCUGCUGGGCUCCUACACUGUCCAGUCAGAACUUGGUGACUAUGAUCCGGAUGAAUGUGGCAAUGAUUACAUUAGUGAGUUCCGCUUUGCCCCAAAUCACACGAAGGAACUGGAAGAUAAAGUGAUCGAGCUACAUAAGAGCCACAGAGGAAUGACACCAGCAGAAGCAGAAAUGCAUUUCUUGGAAAACGCCAAAAAGCUCUCCAUGUAUGGAGUAGAUUUACAUCAUGCCAAGGAUUCUGAGGGAGUAGAGAUUAUGUUAGGAGUUUGUGCCAGUGGCCUGCUGAUAUAUCGGGACCGACUGCGAAUAAACAGAUUUGCCUGGCCAAAGGUUCUAAAAAUUUCAUACAAACGGAACAACUUUUACAUUAAGAUCCGGCCAGGAGAGUUUGAACAAUUUGAAAGCACCAUUGGGUUUAAACUGCCAAAUCAUCGAGCCGCAAAGCGUUUGUGGAAAGUUUGUGUUGAACACCAUACAUUUUUCAGACUUUUAUUACCAGAAGCACCUCCAAAGAAAUUCCUCACCUUGGGCUCCAAGUUCCGUUAUAGUGGCAGAACACAGGCCCAAACGAGACGAGCCAGUGCGUUGAUAGAUCGCCCUGCACCUUACUUUGAACGCUCAUCCAGCAAACGUUACACCAUGUCUCGAAGCUUGGAUGGAGCAUCAGUGAAUGAAAACCAUGAAAUAUACAUGAAGGAUUCUGUGUCUGCUGCAGAGGUUGGUACUGGCCAGUACGCUACAACAAAGGGCAUCUCUCAGACCAACUUGAUCACCACUGUGACUCCAGAGAAAAAGGCUGAGGAGGAACGUGACGAGGAAGAGGAGAGAAGGAAAAAGGCAGAGGAAGCCACACCUGUUGCCGCGAUCCGGCAGGAGGGAAAGUCAUCUGGGCUUGGCACUGACUCAUGUCCCCUGUCCCCGCCAUCAGCUCAUCUUGCCCCUCCAUCCCCCACAGAGCUCCGUAGGAGGUGGAAGGAGAAUGGCCAGCAGGCACUGGGCUGUGAGCUGCCCAAAGACCCCAAGCCUAAGCACGGAGAGCCCGCCCUGGACUCUGACAGCAAGGGGAAGCCGUACCUAGGGGACCAAGAUGUGGCUUUUAGCUACAAGCAGCAAACGGGCAAAGGGACCACCCUGUUUUCUUUCUCCUUGCAGCUCCCCGACUCAUUCCCUUCUCUUCUAGAUGAUGACGGGUACCUCUCUUUCCCCAACCUGUCUGAGACCAACCUCCUUCCCCAGAGCCUGCAGCAUUACCUCCCCAUCCGCUCUCCCUCCCUGGUGCCCUGUUUCCUCUUCAUCUUUUUCUUCCUGCUCUCCGCCUCCUUCUCAGUGCCAUAUGCCCUCACUCUCUCCUUCCCUCUGGCUUUGUGCCUCUGCUACCUGGAGCCCAAGGCGGCCUCCUUGACUGCCUCACUAGACAAUGACCCGAGUGACAGUUCAGAGGAAGAGACUGACAGCGAGCGAACGGACACUGCAGCUGAUGGGGAAACCACCGCCACUGAGUCGGACCAGGAAGAAGAUGCAGAGGCCAAGGCACAGAAUAGUCUGAUUAAGCGAAUAAAGGGUGAAAAUGUGUAUGUCAAACAUAGUAAUCUUAUGUUAGAGGAGCUAGAUAAAGCUCAAGAUGACCUGGUGAAACAUCAAACCAACAUUAGUGAGCUGAAAAGAACCUUUUUAGAAAGCUCCACAGAUACUGCCAUCACGAAUGAGUGGGAGAAGAGGCUUUCUACCUCCCCGGUGCGGCUAGCUGCCAGGCAGGAAGAGGCCCCCAUGAUCGAACCACUUGUACCUGAAGAGACCAAAGAAGAAAGAGAGAUUUCUGAAAAAGUUAUAUUUUUGCAGCAAGGAAGCUCUUCAUUCCUUGAGUCUCAGCCAAGUGUGAGAAAGAGAAUGCAGGAAGGAGAAUCUACAAGUUCCAUGGUUACCUCUCAUCAAAUAAUUUUCCAGAAAACUGUUCCAUCGACCAUAGAGACUAAACAGUCUUCAGGUGAAAAACUCAUGGAUGGCUCGGAAAUCUUCAGUUUAUUAGAGUCUGCGAAAAAACCAACAGAAUUCAUAGGAGGGGUUACUUCCACUUCUCAAAGCUGGGUUCAGAAAAUGGAAACGAGGACAGAGUCCAGGGAACUAGAAACUGAGUCCACACAGGCCCCUAGCAUGGAGGAGAAGGUUGUGCAGGAAACCGUGUCGGAGAAGAGACAUGUGAUGAAUGUGCAUGCACGUGGCGAUGCGUCUUUCGUAGCUGGAGAUGAUGUGGCUGCUGCAGCCCAGGCAGUGUCUGCUGAUGCGUUAAGCACUAAAGGGAAGGAGGGCUCUGCUCUGACUGAGGGGGCUAAAGAGAAAAAAGGGGAGGGAGUCGAUAAGGCCAUCUUGGAACAGGAAGAAUCGGCCACUGCUUCCCAUGAGCAAGAGGAGGAGCAGAGUACAGCUACCCGCGUUUCUGAAACUGUGGAACAAAAACCUCAUUUUGAGUCCUCAACUGUGAAAACAGAAACCAUGAGUUUCAGCAGUGUUUCACCAGGAGGCGUAAAGCUAGAAAUUUCUUCCAAGGAAUUACCAGUAGUUCACACAGAAACAAAAACCAUAACAUAUGAAUCAUCACAGGUUGAUCCCGGUGCUGAUUUGGAGCCAGGUGUGCUAAUGAGCGCACAGACCAUCACAUCUGAAACCACCAGCACCACCACCACCACUCAUAUCACCAAAACUGUGAAAGGAGGCAUUUCAGAGACGAGAAUUGAGAAGAGAAUAGUCAUCACGGGAGAUGCAGAUAUUGACCAUGACCAGGCGCUGGCUCAGGCAAUUAAAGAGGCCAAAGAGCAGCACCCUGACAUGUCAGUGACCAAAGUAGUGGUCCAUAAAGAGACAGAGAUCACACCAGAAGAUGGAGAGGAUUGAGCCCAGGACUAACUUAGCCUGCACAUGAAUCAAGUCAUACAAACCAUUAGGAAAACCGAGCCUAUAUGGAAUUCCCUCUUCUAACCCAAAUGACUUGUAUCUGCCGGUGGAAACUUUCAAUCAGGAAGAACUGAACUUGAAUAUAAUAAAGACACUGGCAGAGAAAUCUUUCCAUAAUAAAGCAAUCCGAAUCAGCGUCACUAAACUGAUACUGCAUGAAGCAACGAUUCAAUCACAAAAGAGCAACGUUUUUGAUUUCCACUGUGUCUAAGUUUUCAGCUAUACCUGCACGUUCAUAACCAACAAUAUAAACCGUGAUUUCAUGUAACACCAACAAUCCAUGCCUUUCAUAGUUUAUUAUUAUUAAAGUCUAAACAAAUUUGAGAUUUCUUAGGUGACAGAUCUUUUGUUUACAGAUAAAUGAAGAUUACCCUAAAGUUCUAGAAGCUGUCUAGGUUCGGUGUGUCCGGUUCAUCCCAGAUUAGAUGUGCCAAUAACAGAGUUUAUUCAGUAAACAACUUGAAUCUUGUUCUUGUUUCCAAUGGUUUUAUUACUCUUGCCCAUAAACAGUAAUGAUUCUCUGAUUAUCUGGAAAUAUUUAAUGCUUACAAUCCUGCUUCAUGUAUCUAAUUUAAUUUGUUAUGAGGUAGUACUGAUUUUAGCACAUUAAUGUGAUUUCCUAUUGUCUGCUUUGUUCUGAGUCAAGUCUGGAAAGCUUCCCAGAGGUACUUAAAAUUUCCUAAAUAUAUAAAUGUCAUCAUUUUGGGAAGAAACUGUAUUUUUGUUAGUUUGAAAUAUUAUGAAACUUCACUCCAGAAAAAGCCACUGUUGCUUUGUUUUUGUUUCUUCUUGUAUUUUUAAUGAUUUUCUUUUACUUGAAAAAAAGUUUUUGAUUUCCAAAUCUGGUCCAUAUUUACAAUCUAGUUCAGAGCCAAGCCUUAAACUGUACAGAAUUUCCACUGUAAUUAUACUAUUUACUGUUUAGUUAUAAAUAGCCUUCAAAAAAUAUAUUCUCCAUUAUACUGUCAAUUGCAUCACACAGCCCAUGGUGAAUGUAUGUUUAUGCAUAGCAAAAUUAAAAUGGUAAAUGCAUUUAAAAUGUAA